AUGGUAUACCCUUCCUUAAGAUUUGACGGACUAAAUAUUGAUUUAAUGUCUCGUAGAAUUCUUAGCAAUAAUGACAUAAAAGAGGUUGAAGAUGGUGCAUUUGAUGGCCUCGAGAACCUUUUUGAAAUGUAAGUAUUUUACUUUGUUUAAUUUAAUAAACUCUAUUCGCCCGCUUCAAAUUACAAACAUCCACACAACAGAAAUACUUAAGAAUUUCCUUUGAAAUUUCAGCGCAGUUCCUAGGCCGUAAGCCGGGGUAAACCUUUGUAGAUGUAUGUGGUGUAAUCGAUUAUUAUUAUUUGUUGUGUGUGAUCUAAAGCUAUUUUUAUGCCUUAAUUCUUUUAAAGAAAUUUGGAUCACAACAGACUAGAAAAAUUCCCUGUUUUCAAGACCAAGUCCCCCUUAAAACAAUUGUAAGUAUGUUUGCCGGUACAAGUUAUUAAACACAAAGUCUUAGAAUAAAGUUUUGUGUUUUUCAUCCAUCCAUCCAUCCAUCCAUCCAUCCAUCCAUCCAUCCAUCCAUCCAUCCAUCCAUCCAUCCAUCCAUCCAUCCACCCACCCACCCACCCACCCACCCAUCCAUCCAUCCAUCCAUCCAUCCAUCCACCCACCCACCCACCCACCCAUCCAUCCAUCCAUCCAUCCAUCCAUCCAUCCAUCCAUCCAUCCAUCCAUCCAUCCAUAUGCAUGCAUGCAUCAUUCAUUCACUUAGCCAUUCAUCAGUUUACAAUAAAGGGUACAGUACACUUAAUUCCUCUUAGUUAAAGGUGAGCACAUCGAGUGACAGUAUAAAAGUCAGUUAGCUGUGCGUGUGUUUUAAUAAACCAAAUAUUGAGAUCCGUUGGGGGGCCACAGAGAACUCAAAGAACUCUACUACAGCAGACAAAUCUAUUUCAGCUGGCAUAAUUCCUCUAAGUUAAGGACUUGACUUCUUUAGCUGCCAAAUCAAAUGGAGUGACUGUAAAAUUCAGUCACUUUUUUUUAUUUAUCUGACCUGAAAAGUAGAGCUAGAGAGUCUGAUGGUGGGAGGUGCAUGUAAAGUCGUUUGUUUUUACCGAAGUUUCGAGUUCCGAAGUUGUCAGGAAGACCUUUGAAAAAUUUCAAUUUCUGCAAAUUACUAUGGCGAUAAUCAAAGUUGAUGCAGAGUUUUCAGAGGAGUCAAACAAUGUUUCUAACCAAAGGCUAUGUCUGAUAAUCCUUUGAGGCCGGGAAAAAAAACUAUCAGUAGGAUCAUGGACUAUAUUAGUUAAGGCCCAGGCCAAACGUCGAACUUUUCAUGAGACGAACCAAACGUGGUGAGUUAAGUUCAUGAAAAGUUCAAAGACAGGCGCAGUUACGUUCGACUGAAUGAGUUUGGAUCGUUCAACAAGUUCUAUCCGUCUGCUUAAACCGGUAGAAUGUCUGAAGAUCAUCUCCGGAGCAAUUGUCGAGGUUGACAUGCGACAAACUAUAGACUAAUAAAUUAACUCGAAAUACGUUAUCGCAAAAAUCUCGAUAGCUCGUUCAGGAGAGAAAUAAAUUAAAAUUGUUUUUUAGUCUGACUCAGUAGAUUGGUUCGACGAGUCCUAAGUUGUACGUCUGACACAACUGACGAUCUUAAUUUGUCAAUUUAGGUCGACCCAAAUUAGACUGAGUUGAAAGGUUCGACGUUUGGUCUAGAUCUAAGCUCUCGCUAACUUUUCUUAUCUUCUUAUUAAUUUCAGAUACUUAAACAACAACAAUAUCAAAACACUGCCGAGAACGUCACUGAAAAAUCUACCGGAGCUGAUGAACUUGUAAGUGGUUGUGUGAGAGAGUAUUAUUGGACGCAAUCCAUUCAACCAAAAUUCAUACCGGUCCGACUGGGAAAAGUGGACCACCUCAAAAGGUGAACCAGUUUUUCCAUUGAGUUUUGGACCGAAAUUUCCGGAAAUUUUGGUCGAAUGGAUCGCGCCCAUUAUCGCUUUUCAAAUCAAAGAUCGCACAGACUACCAAACCACGUUGUUUACCACGUUGUAUAGUCACUACCCUACGCAUGCGCACGACCAUAUCACCCGGGCAGUAACAGCCACAACUUCGCGGCCUCUGGGAACGAGAUUGUAGCAGCCAUGGCAUAGCCUUAAGCUAGGCCCCUUAACAACCAACGGCCGUGUUCAGGCGUCCCUCGUGCCGUGCUCAUGAGCAGGCCUUGUGAGGGCGAAUCAGCUGUCUAUGGCGGCCACUACCAGGGUGAUAUGACUGUGGGCAUCCGUAAAAUACAGCCACACCGCGGAGUUUGUAAAAAACGCACUUUAUUUAAGUGUUUAUAUAUUUAGCUUGAAACUAAUUGAGGGCGCUAUUUUACAUCCCCUACUAGAGACGGGAUAGCCGCAACACCUGGUCAUCCCGUGCCAUACGAAAUUCUAGCCAUUUGCAGGGCAAAGUAGCCCGAGAAAACAGCCGAGUAGACACUACACAGAUCUGGGUAAUGCUUCUGAUUGGUUGAAGCAAAUUUCCAACCAGGCAGCAUCACCACCCAGAUCUGGGUAGUGACGCGCCGUCAGUAUUGAAUUUCUGCUCUGGUUUCUCAGAAGUCAUUUCGCGGGGAAACCAGUGAUGGCGUUCUGAAGUGCCGGCUGUUUUCGCAGGCUACAGAGCAACAGUAAUACCUUCGUUUCUCAGUUAUUUUGAAGACCUUAAGUACUGCUGCGGCCCUGGGGAUGGAACCGCGACCAUCCGCUCAAACUACAAGCGCUUUACCGAGGACUGUGCUAGUCCUACCACGGUACUGGGUAGCGUGUACUUCUUACAGCUUUGGUGUUGUAUCUGUUACAGUCUGUCAGACGGGGUCGCAAUAAGUAAUGCCAAUGAAUGAAUAUAAGUUAAUAGAAGCAACAAUGCUACUAAUUGGUCAUAAAAAAACAACAACAACAACUUCUGACUCUUUUCACUCUACAGGAAAUUAGAUAACACAGAGAUCACGGAAAUACCAGCCUAUAUGUUUAGCAAUAACAAGAAGCUAUUAUCUUUGUAAGUACUUAGCAUUUUGUUUCUUCUUUAUCUUCCUCUUGUAACAAGAGAAAAUAAUGAAUAGAGACAGAUUCUUAGGUAUUGGCCGGGAUAUGAGAAUUUCACUAAAGUUAUUUUUAGAGGUUGUAAUAAAAAGGAAGUAUUAUUCCUGGCACGUACGCUCAUUUUAAUCCAUUGCUUGAAACGUCAUCACGUCCAGCGCUACUGCCUCAAACCAAACAAUGCAGUCCUGAAUAUUAAUGGUUACACACCUAUAUUCUCUCUUGAAAGAACUGAAUAAAAGUUUGUGGACCUCUCCAGCUCCGAAAACUAACUUCUAAUUAAUUUCAAGCGUUUAGUCGGUCUAAAAUAACUUUGGGGAAAGUAAAACAAAAAUGCACUUUAAUUGAGUGUCAAUGUAUUUAGCACGAACGUACUAACUGGGGACACUGUAUUAACGUCUCCUAUAGGAGACGGGACCGCCAUUUUACGUGGUCAUCCGAGCCACGUGAAGGUCUAACUAUUUGCAGGGCAAAGGCAGUACCUUCAAUUCUCAGUUAUUUUUAAGACCCUGAGUAUUGGUCAGGUCCCGGGAACCGAACCCGCGACCUUCCGCUAUGCAGUAAAGCGCUCUACCGACUGAGCUAAUCCUGCCGCGGAAAAGGUCACAUAUCGUAAGGGCUAGACUGCGAGUUUCCCUCUGUCCCAUUUUUCUCUCUUGCUUGUAAUAAUUAGCACUAACCUCUUACUGUUAUUUACACUGUAAGCUAUGUGGUGAGCAUGAGAUCUAGUGUCAAACGGAACCACCUUCAAUAACCGUUCGAAAAUUUAGACGCCCAGCCGUUCAAAGGUUCUUGUGAACAGAGCAAAAAUAUUGAACGUAGCAUCCUGUCAAAUUUUUCCACCCGGUAGAAAAUUCGUCCGGUAUCGUAUUAACGCGUAGCCUAUAUAAUUAUCACAUUUAAGUCGGCUUUUUAUUAAUUUUAUUAACUGAGAUAUACCCUAAACUAAUAAACCACUCUUCAAGAGUACUACCAACGACCUUUCAGAAAAUUCUAAUUGUUGAAGUUUGCGUGUUUAGGAGUCUCCAGUAUUCUUCGCUCUCGCAAAUCGACGAAAACGCGUUCACGGAUUCUAACUUGCAAACACUGUAAGUUUAUGAAUACUUUAAACAAAAAAACAGCUGAGAAUUUGAAAGGCAAGGGCAUUAGACGUCAUUUAUAAAUGCAGCACAUUGGAGCUCUUUUCUGGGCCGGCUGUGACAACCCUUGAUACUGUCGUUCUAUUUGCCACAGACCAAUAUUGGUUUUCAAGGCUGAAGUAGAUCAUAGCUGGCAGCGUACUUUGGCGCCUUUAAGAAAGAAGUGUUUCCAUGGUCACCAAAUAGGGCGUAAACAAAUGUCUAAUUAAAGCAGCGCAGUUUUAAUGUUGUACUCAGAUCUUCCUAGGCCAGUUGAGAGACAGGUAUGAAAGUGGGAUCUAAGCACGAAAUAAAUAACAACUAAUAACAACGACGGCGACAAAACCAAGAGCUUGUCUGGAAAAGAUUGAUUUUGCGGCAUUUAAGGCAGACCAUUUUGCAAGAUCUUUUAAUCCUAUUAUAUUUCCCUCUCUUUCGCCAGAAUCUUAAAGGGAACAAAGAUCACCUCGUUGUCUGCUACUGGGCUUGAUAAUUUGAGAGUUCUUAACCUGGAAAAAAUUGAGAACUUUUGGUCCAUACCAUCGGGACUGAAUAGCAUCCGUGAAGUAUACGUCAGCGAGUAUAACUCAUUUUUAUGCUGUUCCUUUUUUCUGGGGACAUAUCAACGUGACAUUGGAAGGCAGGUGAAGGGUGUAGCGAGUUUAAGUUCAACUGAUAGUCCGUCGACAAUUCCAAGCACAUCUUCUACUGAAAAUAUUCACACCUCAAGUCCAAAUGGCAAUAAAACAACCCCCUCAAACAGAACCACAACUAAAUCACCAUGGGAAUGGGGUAAGAGAAGGCGCCAAGAUUUCUGGGGAUUUGUUACAGAUGCACCAACAGUGAACGGCAGCUCCGGUGGAGUUAAUGCCAAUUCUACUGCGAAUUCUACAUCACCUCCAAAGUUAACUAUUCCCACUUCUAAUGGUGGAUUUGUUCCUGGUGGUGGCGGCUUUUUACCCGGAACAUUAGCUCCGUCCGUGGUAGCCACUUCCGGUUCCAGUGGCGGAUUUUUGCCUGGUGGCGGCGGCUUUUUGCCCGGUCCGAAGACUCCCCCGGGGAUCACCACCUCAGGGUCCAAUGGUGGAUCUUUCCCGGGGGGUGGAUUUGCAACUGGAAAAGUUAGCCCUCCACUUACCAUCACCCACGAAAAUACACCAAACACAAGUGCCCCUAUAGUUACUGCACCACCCCCAGGUGAUGUCAUUUGUUUACCAAAAAGAGACGCUUACCAUCCCUGUGAAGAUAUUAUGGGCGCAAAAUGGCUAACUGCAGUUUCACUAAUUGUAGGAACCGUUGCUCUUGUGGCAAAUUUAGUUGUAGUUAUUGUCAUGUUGACAAGCGAUCGUCGGCUAAACGUACACCACUUCCUGAUGAGUAAUCUGGCGUUUGCAGACUUUUGUCUUGGUUUGUAUAUAUUCAUACUGGUUUGCGUAUCCUUGGACACUUCCGGAGAAUACUACAACCAUGUCAAAGCUUGGCAAUACGGUGCGGGAUGUAAAAUCACGGGUUUCCUUGCUGUGUUUUCUACAGAGCUGUCCGUUUAUACACUAACAGUCAUUACAGUGGAAAGAUUUUUUGCCAUAGUUUACGUUAUGGAGGUCAACUACCGGCUCUCGCUACGUAAAGCCGUGAAAAUUAUGAUCUCUGGCUGGUUGUUCGCCUUCCUCAUGGCUAUCAUCCCCAUUGCCGGGGUCAACAGUUACCAAGGUGUCGCUAUUUGCUUACCGUUCAAGUCCGACACCAAGAGUGCCCUGGCGUACGUAGGCAUCGCCUUAGUGCUAAAUCUUGGGGCAUUUCUGGUUAUCGGGGGCUUGUACACCAAAAUGUUUCAAGUUGUUGUGGGUCCUGGUCCUGUUGAUGGGGGCCCUCAAAGAAACGAUGCAAAAGUUGCAAAACGAAUGGCAUUGCUGGUGUUCACUGAUUUUGUCUGCUGGACACCCGUCGCUUUCUUUGGCCUUGUGGCGGCCCUUGGGAAGCCACUUAUCGGGGUAAAGGAAUCCAAGUAUCUGCUUGUGUUUUUCUUUCCACUGAACAGCCUCUGCAAUCCUUUUCUUUACGCCUUCUUCACUAGAGCGUUCAAACGCGAAUUCUUCUCGCUGCUUAGUCGAUUCGGGUUCUGCAAGACACGAGCACUGCGUUACAAGGGCACACUGUCGUCCCUGAUCUACUCUCGGUCACGUACGAAGCGAUCUACGAUAGCCGAAGAUGACACGAGGUCAAAACGGAUUUCGCAAAUUUCCGCUACCUCUGCAAACACAGAUUUGCGACCUUCGACAAACGAGUCCCCGAAAGGCGAAGUCUGUGAGAACGGAAAUUGUCUUGGUACAGUACAUGAGUGUAUUCCUAUGAAGGGUGUGGGUAAUCCGUGGUUUGGUGAUGAUUCACCUGUAAGUCCCGCAUCUGAUAACGUGUUUUUCGACCCAGCAACCAAGGCAGAGUCUACAUCUCCAAAUGCUUCAAUAAAGGGAUUAUGUGAACAAACCGACGCCGAAGAUAAAACCGAUAAGGGUGACUCACAGCCGAUUACACGGGCUGAAAGUUUCGGCAGUUUUCAUGCAGUCGAGGGAAAGCUUGGUGAGAAACGGUCUAAAAAACAAUCUGUAUCUUUUCGAGACCAGCCCUGUCAUACAGGAAACAAUUGA